AUGAGUGACAAAGGCAAGGCAGUGGAAAUGACAAUGCUGAUAACAGUAUCAUCCUCCACCCAGCCUGUUCCCAUCCACCACCCCCUUUCUCCCCCUCCCACCCUGCCAAAGCCUGGCAAGGACAACCUGCGGCUGCAGCGGCUGCUGAAGAAGGCAGCGAGGAAGAACGCCCUCCUCCCCUCAGAGCAGAGCAAGUCCUUCCGCUCCAGCCUUUCACCCGUGAACGAAGCCAGCCCCGACCAGGAGCACGCUGAGAGCGCUACCCCAGCAGAGCCCCCUGAAAGCACAGCACCCCCCUGUGUCCCCCUGCCACCCCACCUCUCCAUCAGGCCCGUCACCCACCGYGCCCCCUCCCCUUUCCGCAAGGGGAAGCCUUUUGCGCUGAAGGUCACCGAGCAGCGGCGCAUCGCCGAGCACGUCAGGCUCACAACCUCCUCGGCCAUGCCCCUGCUGCACAAACCAGGAGCUCCUGAGACUCCCCAGCAGCCUGAAGGCACGGGCUCCCACCUUCCUUCUCCAUCCAACCCUUCAGUAUCCAUUUUCCCCCAGCCUCCUCCUUCCAGUACACCCAGUCAAGAAGGGAUGCCAGAGGUUACCUAUGUCACCAAGGUGAACGCUCACUUCCACAGUGUCAAACCACCCAGGGCUAAGACUCCCACACCAAACCYGACCCAAGGAACUGUCAGCCACGAAGACAAAAGGCCUUCUUCCCCAGCACCUCAAAUAAACAGCUCUGAACCAUCUCCAGAGCAGACACGCACCUCACUUAAAGACAGCAAGGUCACGGCACCCUUGCUGGAACCUCCCUUCCUUCCUGCUGCGGAGACAGAGCCUCCUGAUCAAGCUCCCAAGCCUGCUCCUACUGAAACGCCCAGCACCUCUGAUGCCCACACCAAUAAGCCUACAACCCAUGGAAGUGACACCAAAAAAUCUGCAUCAGAGACAGCUCCUGAAUUACCCAAGCAAGACAGAGACAUCCAAAAACCAUUGGCAUCCAGCACUCCCUGGAGGAAAGCACACCCAGCGACAGCAGCUCCAGCACARGCUGCUGGUAGCAGCUCCACCUCCACAGACACCAUGGCAGAACACAACACCAAACCCCAGCUGACCCCCAGCUCACCCAACACCAGCCAUCCCCCCAAGGCAGAGCCGGCACCAUCGUCAGGAGAAGCAGCAAAACCUCCUGGAAGYGGUGCCAGCGGCUGGCAUCGCCUCAAGAAGCACUUGAUGGUGCAGCCAGAAGCCACCAGCUUCCCAGAGUCCAAGCCAGAAAAGGCAGGACAGGAGGAAGGGAAUAAAGAGGACACUGCUCAAGCAGUCGUCAAGCAAGACUGCCUGCUGGUUAAAUCAAGAGCCAUGAGAAUGUGGGAUGCCAUUUUAUACCAGGUGACACUCCCCAAGGAGAGGAAGCAGCAAGCAGAAGAGAAGCUGYCACGGAAGCAAGAAAGCUUCUCUCUUCCCCGCCGUUUGCCCAUCCUUCUACACAAGCCACGUUUUGACGCCCGGAAACUGAAGGAACUGGCUGCCAAACCCAUGACAAAGAUGAGCACCAUGUUUGAGCUGAGCCUCUUCCGACCCAAAGGGGCCGAGGAGCACUCCAAGAACUUUAACAGAACGGCAUCAGGAUGGUCAGUCAACUGAGGCCAGGCAGCUCCACACCUCUGGAGGUUCCUGCAGGGCACCUGUGACCAAGUUUAYUGCCCAGUGGAGACAAGCAUAAGGAAAAAAGGAAAUGAAACAAAACCCCUCUGAGCCAGCAGCCCCAUGCUGCAAGUUUAAGGGAUCUCUCCAUAGGUUUAACAGCUUAAAUGCAUAACUGCCACAUCCACAGGUCAUGGGAAAACAAACAUGCACUUGUUUUAAAAAGAGUCAACAACAAUCACUGGRUGCAGUAACAGAAUGAAGGGAGGAAGGCACACAGUGAAGAGGAUGAGCUGCCUACAGAAAAAAGAGACUGGUUUAGAGGAGGAUAAUGGAAUCUGAGGGUUUUUUUUGUUGCAUUUAUCGAAGACAAAGAUAGAUCCUAGAAACAGAAGCAGUUGCAGAUGAGRUGAAGGAAUCUGGGUUGCUCCAUAUCUCUGGGGAGCCUUAGAAACCAAACUCAA